AUGGAGGAACAGGCAGCGACUGAGAGAGAGGACAUGGAGGAACAGGCUGCGACUGAGAGAGAGGACAUGGAGGAACAGGCUGCGACUGAGAGAGAGGACAUGGAGGAACAGGCAGCGACUGAGAGAGAGGACAUGGAGGAACAGGCAGCGACUGAGAGAGAGGACAUGGAGGAACAGGCUGCGACUGAGAGAGAGGACAUGGAGGAACAGGCUGCGACUGAGAGAGAGGACAUGGAGGAACAGGCAGCGACUGAGAGAGAGGACAUGGAGGAACAGGCAGCGACUGAGAGAGAGGACAUGGAGGAACAGGCUGCGACUGAGAGAGAGGACAUGGAGGAACAGGCUGCGACUGAGAGAGAGGACAUGGAGGAACAGGCUGCGACUGAGAGAGAGGACAUGGAGGAAGAGGCAGCGACUGAGAGAGAGGACAUGGAGGAACAGGCAGCGACUGAGAGAGAGGACAUGGAGGAACAGGCAGCGACUGAGAGAGAGGACAUGGAGGAACAGGCAGCGACUGAGAGAGAGGACAUGGAGGAACAGGCUGCGACUGAGAGAGAGGACAUGGAGGAACAGGCUGCGACUGAGAGAGAGGACAUGGAGGAACAGGCUGCGACUGAGAGAGAGGACAUGGAGGAACAGGCUGCGACUGAGAGAGAGGACAUGGAGGAACAGGCUGCGACUGAGAGAGAGGACAUGGAGGAACAGGCAGCGACUGAGAGAGAGGACAUCACUGUCUUUGAUCCUUAUACCACACUUCACUUUGAUGUGAGUGUUGUGUAG